AUGUCAGACUUGAUGAUCCUGGCCCUGAAAGUCACUUCAAUACUUCUGCUUAGCUACUUUUUGUAUAGAGUUUCUUCCUCCAUUUGGUGGAAACCAAAAUGGCUGGAGAGACGCUUACGACAGGAAGGAAUCCGAGGCAACUCUUACACUCCUUUGAUCGGAGACAUGCGAGAUUUCACAAAGCAAAUAACUGAAGCAUGGUCUAAACCGAUGAGCCUUUCUCAUCAGAUUCUGCCCCGGGCUGAUCCAUUCACUCACAACACGGUACAGAAAUACGGGAAGGUAUCUCUGUGCUGGGCGGGAACAACUCCUAGGGUGAACAUCAUGGACCCUCAAUUAAUAAAAGAAGUGCUGACUAACAGGAAACAUCAGAUGGGGGUACCGCCCUCCGCUUUGAACCCUCUCAUACUUGUUCUAUCACAAGGAUUGACAAUCCUUGAAGGUGAAAAAUGGGCUAAACACAGGAAAAUAAUGACCCCUGCUUUGAACUUGGAGAAACUAAAGGGAAUGAUAUCAGUAUACGCAGAGAGUUGCAGCUUGCUGGUGAACAAAUGGAAGAAAGCAAUAGCUGCAGAGGAAACCUGCGAAAUAGAUGUCUGGCCUGAAUUUAAGGAUCUUACCAGAGAUAUUCUUUCUAGGGCAGUCUUUGGAAGUAACUUUAAAGAAGGAAAUGAAAUCCUAAAUCUUCAGAAAGAGCUCCAACAGUUGGUCCUUAAAGCUUUCCAGUACUCAGUCAUACCUGGUUUCAGGUUCUUGUGA